AUGUCGAAGGCGGCUGGAGGCGCAGCGGCGGCCGCGGAAAGUUGUCCUUCGGCCGCGGCGGCGGGCUCCUCGGCCGCCGCGGGCGUGGAGGAUCUGUCCAAAGUGUCGGACGAGGAGCUGCUGCAGUGGAGCAAGGAGGAGCUGAUCCGCAGCCUGCGGCGCGCGGAGGCCGAGAAGGUGAGCGCGAUGCUGGACCACAGCAACCUGAUCCGAGAGGUGAAUCGUCGGCUGCAGCUGCACCUGGGCGAGAUCCGCGGGCUCAAGGACAUUAACCAGAAACUCCAGGAGGACAAUCAGGAACUGAGGGACCUCUGCUGUUUUCUCGACGAUGACCGGCAGAAAGGCAAAAGAGUGUCCCGGGAGUGGCAGAGGCUGGGCCGCUACACAGCUGGUGUAAUGCACAAGGAGGUGGCCCUGUACCUGCAGAAGCUGAAGGAGCUGGAGGUGAAGCAGGAGGAGGUGGUGAAGGAGAACAUGGAACUCAAAGAGCUUUGUGUGCUUCUGGAUGAGGAGAAGGGCGCGGGCUGUGCCGGCAGCCGGUGCUCCAUCGACAGCCAGGCCAGCUUGUGCCAACUGGUGGCCUCCGCGGCGCCGUGCGUGAGGGAUGUGGGCGAUGGCAGCAGCACCUCCAGUACUGGCAGCACCGACAGCCCUGACCACCACAAGCACCAUGCGAGUGGGGGCAGCCCCGAGCACCUGCAGAAGCCUCGGGGCGAGGGCAGCCCAGAGCACUCCAAGCACCGGAGCGCCAGCCCCGAACACCUACAGAAACCUAGGGCUUCUGGCACCCCAGAUCACCCAAAAGCACUGAAAGGUCCCAGCCCUGAGCACCAGAAGCCCUUGUGCAAAGGCAGUCCUGAACAGCAGAGGCACCUGCAUCCAGGGAGCAGCCCGGAAAUGCUGCCCAAGCACGUGCUGAGUGGGAGCCCCGAGCAUUUCCAGAAGCACAGGUCGGGGGGUAGCCCCGAGCACGGCAGGCACAGCGGAGGAAGCCAGGAGCAUCUGCAGAGGCACUCGCUUGGCGGGAGCCUGGAACACCUUCCCAGAGCCAGGGGCACCAGCCCGGAGCAUCUCAAACAGCAUCUUGGGGGAAGCCCUGACCUCAAACACGUAGGAGGAGGUGGCGGUGGAGGCAGCAGGGAGGGCACCCUGCGACGGCAGGCGCAAGAGGACACUUCGCCCCAUCACCGGAAUGUCUACAGUGGCAUGAACGAAUCAACAUUGUCCUAUGUUAGGCAGCUGGAGGCAAGAGUCAGACAGCUGGAGGAAGAAAAUCGCAUGCUGCCCCAGGCCACCCAGAAUAGAAGGCAACCUCCAACUAGAAACAGCUCAAAUAUGGAAAAAGGCUGGGGGCCCAGAGCCCGGCGGGUCUUGCAGUGGUGGCAAGGGUGCCGAGGAAUAGGAAGAUGCCUGCCCACUCUCCCGGGUUCUUUUAGGUUGUCAUCAGGGGCUGAUGGGAGUAACAGUUCCCCCAACUCUCCAGCUCGCUUCAGUGGACAUACCACACCUUCCCAGCAGCCUGAACCAGUGGUACAUUCUCUUAAGGUCUUGGAUGUUCAGGAAACUAUAGAUCAUCAACAGGGUAAAGAGUAUGAACAUGACCUUAGUGAGACAGAAAAAGCUAUAGUCAGAGAAAUGUGCAAUGUUGUAUGGAGGAAACUUGGAGAUGCUGCAGGUUCGUGUCCUGGAAUUAGGCAGCAUUUGUCAGGAAACCAGUACAAGGGACCAAUGUAAGAAGCUUUCUUUUUCCAAUACACGAUGACCACUGCCAGCAAGAGAGAUAAAAGAAGAAAAAGAAACCACAAAAGUGGACUUUCACAAAUGUGGACUCAUAGAAUAACAUAGAGUGUUUGUAUAUUGCACAACCCCCUCCCCAAAAUACUUUCAGUACAACUUCCACCAUAAAGCUAACAUCUUAUGCAUCUUUCUUUAGCAUUCACAACAAUUAGUCUCAAACAAGGUAUCUGUGAAAAAAGUAUUCAUCUUAGUACAAGUGUUUUCAUUACAACGAAUCCCUAGAUCUGUGACUCUCACACUGGGUAGCAUGCAUGAUUGAAAGGGUACAGGAGAGCCUGUGAGGCUGUGAUAGAGAUGACACAUUGCAUCUAAUGGUGGGAAUUCUCUCACACAUCUGAUUGACAGUAUGACAAGGUGUUUUCCAGCUUUCCAAGAGUGUGAAUUGGGCAUCUUCCUGUUGUACUUUAAUCAAUAAAACAUUACUUACAAUACAUAAUUAACUGGAUGCAAAAGAGUAUUUGGCUUCUGGGGGGAUUUUUGACUUCUGAGGUGCUAGAAAUACCAUAAAAAUUGUUUUAUCAGCUAGAAGGAUAGCAAGAACUUGUAGCGUGUUUAUCAGAGAAUAUCUUUUAUUUUAGUUGAUCCAAAUAAAUAUAUUAGUUUUGAUGAGGCUUUAUAAAGGCACAUCUUAGGAACAUACCACUCUCCAUAUGUAUUCAGUAUAUAAAUUUCAACUAAAAGAAAAGAAACAAACAUAACUUUUCUAAGUGUUUUGAUCUGUGAGAUGUCUAUUUCUAAAAUUUAGUUUUAGACAUGCUGUAUAUUUAAUAAACUUUAUGUAAAAUUUAAAAUAUUGCAUUGCAUUUAUGGAAAAUGCUUACUUUGACUAUUGCAGCUAUCUAACAUUUUAUGAAAUGCAUGUCCAUUAUUAAGGCUAAAUGCUCUUGUUCAGAUUGCUUGAGAUUUGAAAAAGAGGCAUGAUAGCUUUGCUGAGUUUAUUUCUUAUUUUUGGUAUAGAGCUAUACUAUUAGAAUGUGUGUAUUAGAAAAACUAUGAUAGAUAUUUUGUGUUUAUCUACAUGCAAUGAUAGUUUCUUGUAUGAAUGUGAAAGAGGCCUGCAAGAGAAUGCUAUGUUUUUACUGUAGUUUAAGAUUAUAAAAGUAGGGACACAACGAUUUCUAGGUGUCUUCUAAAUUUGUGAUUUGGUUCACACCAAAUAUUCCUUGAAAUUUUUAAAGGCCAGUGAUAGGGUAAUUUGAAGGAAUUUUGUUGUUGUAAAAAAAACAGUAACCAUGUUUAAAAACUAGCCUCUAUUUUCAGAAAAUAUUUAUGAGUUCUAUUUACUAUAGAAUUAUCUUUCUAGUUACAUUAAUCAGGCUAUAGUUUAAGCCUCUUUUAAAACAUUAUAUUUUAAAUAUUAUUCUUCUCUCAGAAUAAAGUUGCUUGUUAUAUUUACAUCUUCCCUUGUAGGAGAACUUUCAUCUGUAAAAUUGUUGUAUUCCUAUACUUUGGAGACAUUUUAAACAAGGUUUUGUGCUAUAACAGAGAGAGCCUGUAGUAGCUACUACAAAGGACAUUGGUCUUUUGACAAAAUACUUGUGUAAAUUUUGAUACUGUAUUAAAACUAUUUUUUUAAAGCUCCACAUAAAAUUGAGUAUCAAGUAUAUGUGUUCAU